AUGAUUCUCCGUCGUUCGCUACGCUUGUUCUCAAAUUCAUCAGCGACCCAUAGACUCGCUGGGCUGACAUGCACGCGCACCCUCCGGACCCUUCCCCAGUUCUCCCUCGAGAACAAGACCUGCGUUGUGACCGGUUCAGCAAGAGGUCUGGGAAAGGAGUUUCUGACUGCAUUUGCCCUGUCUGGCGCCCGGGGAGCAUGCGUCGACUUGUCUCUCAAAGACUGUGAAUCGUCCAUUUCAUCAAUAGUAUCGCACGUCCAGUCGAGCUAUCCGAGCGACCCUGCUCCCGAUCUACGAGCUUAUGAAUGCAAUGCAACGAUCGAAAAUGAUGUCAAGUCGACGUGGGCCAGAAUUGUGGACGACUUCGGCAAGGUUGAUGUGCUUGUCACGGCCGCUGGCAUUGUCGACAACGUGGAGGCCGAAAACUACGAGUAUGCGCGAUGGCGGAAGAUGAUGGACGUCAACCUGGAUGGCACGUGGCUGUUUGCACGCGAGGCAGGCCAGCAUAUGCUGAAGCACAACAUCCAGGGUUCCAUCAUCUUGAUCGCCAGCAUGUCGGCAACCAUCUGUGUACGUCCGCAGAAACAGGCUGCUUACAAUGCCUCCAAAGGAGCCGUCAAGAUGCUGUCCAAGAGUCUGGCCACUGAGUGGGCGUCGAGAGGUAUCAGAGUGAACAGCUUGAGUCCGGGAUACAUGAAGACCGAUUUGAUCAAGGGACUGCUGGAGCACGAAGGUAAAGAACUGGUUGGGUCAUGGGAGAAGAAUAUUCCCAUGGGGAGAAUGGCAGAGCCACACGAGCUACAAGGGACGAUUGUCUGGAUGGCUUCGGACGCCUCGAGCUAUUUGAACGGGAGCGAUGUGGUAAGUGCCCACGCUGGUGUCUAG